AUGGAGCCUUUCACCAAGCUGGCAGAGAAUGAGACUGCUCAGUUACAGAGAGCAGUAUUUGCCCAGUAUAUUAUGAUGAAAAAAUUAUUCAUGGAGCUAGAAGAGGAAAGGGAGGCUUCAUCAAGUGCUGCAAGCGCUGCCCUGUCAAUGAUUAGAAAACUUCAGAAAGAAAAGGAGGCAGAGAGAAUGGAAGCAUGUCAGUACAGAAGAAUGGCUGAAGAAAGGAUGAAUCAUAGUGACAAAGCCCUGGAGGUCGUGAAGGAAGUCAUGCAGCACAAGGAACUGGAGAUCUAUUAUCUCAGGAGCCAACUGCAGGUGUAUAAACAAAGGUUACUGGGUGUUGGUAUUGAUGAUUGUGAUAUUGCAGACGAGACGAUAACAAAAAAUAUACCUUUGUUUGGAAGCAGAGAUGUAGAGAAUCUUUGUUAUACCAUCAAAAGGAAUUUCUCUCUUCCAACUUUUCAGUUGAGUAAACGUUUUGCUGAAAUGGACAUGAACAAAAACAACGGAUCGGUUGCGUCAGCGAGGAGCAGGCUAGGUGUUUACAUGCACAACUCUAGUGAAAAUGAACUGGAACAAGUUUCCAGCGACCUGAAAGCCAUAGGUUCCAAGGAAAGCUUAGCAGCAGAUAUGGACAGUACUGAAAAGCAUGGGGAAGAACCAAAACCUUCAAGCAACAGUGGUACUGAACACUCUUGUCCAUCCGAAGGGUCUUCUCGUUCUUCCCCCUUCUUAAUGGCGGGGCACCACACAGAUAUAUGCAGUCAAAUUGUAACACCGGUUGGCAAAGAUGUCCAAGACACGCUACAUGCUGAUCCACUCGGGUCACUGCGUCCAGACAAUGAAAUGGAUAACACUGUGGCUCAUCAUAUAGGUCAUGCUGACACACUAAAGCAUCCAGAACUAAUCAAGGCGCCGGCAGAAUACUCAUGUACUCCUACUAAACAUAGCAUCAGCACAAAGGAAUCUGAAACGCCUCACGCGGUUGCUCUAAGAGAUAAAGGGUCCCAUGUUCUUUCGAAGUUUUCAGCGACGCGAAAAGUUGGCUCCAUGAAUAACGUUGACAGACAUGUCCGUGUAGCUGCGGCGAGUUCUACGCCACGAGCUGGAGUCGAGAGAACAAGAUCAAGGCUGAAGCGUGUUCAGAGUGAAAAGAUGAUUGAGCUAAAUGAUCCUAAGAAGAACAAGGAGCAGAUCAUAAUGCUCAAGGAGGUAUACGAGCAGCUUAACAUGAUAGAAGCACACAUGAGACCUUCCGCUUCACAGGAGACCCCUAGAAAUGACCAGUCGUUGGACUCUGUUAUGGAGGAAAUUCAUGUUUACAAGAAACCAAAAGGCCAAGAUGCACGUGAUAGUAUCUCAAGAUGUAGUGGGGGUUUUGGGGCUUAA